AUGGUUGAUGCAGCCAUAUCUUUUGCAAAGGACUUUCUGGCCGGCGGAGUCGCCGCUGCUAUCUCUAAAACAGCUGUUGCACCAAUAGAGAGAGUGAAACUGCUGCUUCAGGUCCAACAUGCCAGCAAACAAAUCAGUGCAGAUAAACAGUACAAGGGAAUUGUGGACUGUAUCGUGAGGAUUCCCAAAGAGCAAGGCUUUGCUUCAUUCUGGCGAGGCAACCUAGCCAACGUUAUCCGUUACUUCCCCACGCAGGCUCUCAACUUUGCUUUUAAGGACAAGUACAAACAGGUAUUCCUGGGAGGCGUGGACAAACACACUCAGUUCUGGCGUUACUUUGCUGGCAACUUGGCGUCAGGUGGUGCAGCCGGAGCGACCUCUCUAUGCUUCGUUUAUCCUCUCGACUUUGCCCGGACCAGGCUCGCUGCUGACGUGGGCAAGGCAGGAUCUACUAGAGAGUUCAGUGGGCUCGCCGACUGCUUGGGCAAAAUCUUCCGUUCAGAUGGCCUGCGGGGUCUGUAUCAAGGUUUCAGUGUGUCUGUGCAGGGAAUCAUCAUCUACAGGGCUGCGUACUUUGGUAUUUAUGACACAGCAAAAGGCAUGCUUCCUGAUCCCAAGAACACCCAUAUUGUGGUCAGCUGGAUGAUAGCACAGUCUGUGACAGCAGUGGCCGGUGUGAUCUCAUAUCCCUUCGACACGGUGAGACGUCGCAUGAUGAUGCAGUCCGGACGGAAAGGAGCGGAUAUUAUGUACACUGGAACCCUUGACUGUUGGAGGAAGAUUGCACGUGAUGAAGGGGGCAAGGCGUUCUUCAAAGGGGCUUGGUCCAACGUACUCAGAGGCAUGGGGGGCGCAUUUGUGUUAGUGCUCUAUGAUGAAUUCAAGAAAUUUGUUUAA